AUGGAUUCCCUAGCUACACAUAACAAGAUGUUAGAGACACAAAUCACUCAAUUGGCGCAAAAUGCUAGCUCUUCUUCUAGGCCUUCAGGCAUGCUACCUGGACAACCUGAGACGAAUCCCAGAGGUCAUGUGAAUGCUAUAACCCUUAGGAGUGGAAAACAAUAUGAGGGACCUAAGAUGAAGGAAUAUGAUGGGGGAAAUGGUCAUCAUGAAGAAAAAAGUAAAAUUGUGAUAGAUGUGGAUAAUGAGACCCAGAUGCAGGAAGAAGAAAAAGUUGAGAAAUAUGUGGCCCCCGCUCCUUACAAGCCUCCUCUACCAUUCCCCCAAAGGUUAGCUACGGCUAAGUUAGAAAAGCAAUUCGGAAAAUUUUUGGAGAUUUUGAAAAAGUUACACAUCAAUAUCCCGUUCACUGAAGCUAUUUCUCAAAUGCCUUCCUAUGCUAAGUUCUUGAAAGAGAUCCUAUCUAACAAAAGGAAGUUGGAAGAAUACGAGACUGUGGCCCUUACUGAGGAGUGUAGUGCUAUCAUCCAGAAUAAGCUGCCUCCUAAGCUUAAGGAUCCAGGUUCAUUUUCUAUUCCUUGUGUUAUUGGUAAUGUUUCUAUUAACCGUGCUUUGUGUGAUUUAGGUGCAAGCGUUGAUUUUGUUAUUUUGGAAAUAGAAGAAGAUUCUAACAUUCCAAUUAUAUUAGGAAGACCCUUCCUUGCUAAUACAGGUGUCAUAAUUGAUGUUAAAAGUGGAAGGCUCUCUUUAAAUAUUGAAGGGGAGACGGUAGAAUUUGAUUUAAGCAAUACUAUGAAACUCCCUCUAACUGAUAAAAUUUGUUACAAGGUCGACGUCAUUGACAAGUGUACACAUGAGCAAAUUGCAAACAAUAACUCAGCUGAUCCACUUGAGAAAUGUUUGGUAAGUGAUUGUUCAAUAAAUGAUGAAGACCCCGAGGUAGCCGCGUAUGCUCAAUCUUUAGAAUCAACAUCAACUGCUCCACUUCGAAAUGCAAAGCUUGAAAGAUUGAUGCUAGAGCCAAAAGGAUCUAUUUGUGAAAAGGAUAAUGCGCCAAAGGUAGAAUUAAAACCCCUUCCUUCCUCUUUAAGGUAUGAAUUUCUUAGCCCUGACUCUACUUAUCCUGUGAUUGUGAAUGCAUGUCUAAAUAAAAAUGAAACUGAUAAGUUGCUUAGAACACUUAGGGUGCAUCGCAAGGUCAUAAGAUACACCAUGGACGAAGUAAAGGAAUCAACCCAUCAAUUUGCAUGCAUAGAAUUCUCUUGGAAGAUGAUCAUAAACCCUCUAUAG